AUGGCCUCAGUCCUCACUCCGCAGUCCGCACCCCACGGCCGCACGCGCCACGCCCCGCUGGGCUUUCUCCCUGCCGCCGGCGCCGCUCUAGCUCCGCGGCGACCAUGCGCCGUGGCGGCGGCUGCCGGCUCCCCAAGCCCUCCCUCCCUGGCGGCCUCUUCCUCAGCGCCGGACAGCAGCCUUAUUCGCGACCUCGACUCCGACGCCGCGAGCCUCUGCAGCAGCCGCCCCGCUACCGCCGGUGCGGGCGUCGGCGCCGCCCCCAACUUCUCCGACCGCUCCACGCAGGCCGCCGCGCUCCGCGUCGUCAACGGAUUCCUCGCCCCCGCCGUCACGCUCCGGGGGGCCUCUGCCCGCCGCGCGCGACAUCCAGGCGGCGCUCCGUCUCCUCGUCGAGGAGACGACCUGGAUGCCCCACGCGGCCCAUCCAACGAUCUCUUAGUCUACAUCACCCAGAGCUACUCCCACUUCUUAUCGGGGGACGCCGCCGCCGCCGCGGCCCUCGACGAGCCGUACGCCUCCAAAGCCCGGAUGACUGCUGAGGCCACUGGAGGCAGAGGAGAGGAGGCCUUGAUGGCUGAUAUUCAGAAGUUUGAGGCAGUGGCGAAUGCUUCGCAGUGCGAGGACGACGAGGCCUUCGCGCGCGCCCUGCAGGAUGCCGAGGAGCGCGACGUCGCCGACAGACCCAUGGCGCUUGUUGGAAUCGGUGAUUUGAUAGAUGGAUGGGAAGAUGUUGACCCUGAUGAAUACUCUUAUGAGGAGCUAAUUGCAUUGGGCGAAGUUGUCGGUAUGGAAAGCAAAGGCCUUGCUGCUGAUACUACUAUUGCUUCAUUACCUUCGGUAACUUACCAGGCACAAGACAAGCAAGAUGGCAACAUGGAACAAUGUGUUAUUUGUCGUGUAGAGUUUGACGAAGGCGGGUCAUUAGUUGCACUUCCUUGCAAACACCCAUACCAUUCUGAGUGCAUAAACCAGUGGCUGCAGUUAAAAAAGGUAUGCCCGAUGUGCAGUGCUGAAGUUUCCACUUCUGUGAACAAGCAGGCAUGACUCUUCCUUUGGAAAAAAAUAUAAAAUGAAAACAGCGAGGAGAGUUAAGCCUAGUGCUACUCUCUAAGUUAUCUAGUUAAUCUCAGCUCCUAUCUUAGCAUUUAUAAUAUGCCCAGUAUCUGCUUUAGGCAGUUGGAAUAUGCUGUAGUAGUUGAGGAGCUUCUUGCAAACCAAGUUUGCCUUUUCCCUAUAUAAUGAAGCUAAGGCAGCCAUGGUCAUUGCUGCCAUCUAUUCCUA